GACCUUCCAGCCAAUCAAAAAGGUGGAGGUGGGAUUUGUCGGAUACGGGUGGGAAAAGAACGCACGCGCGUCCUGACUGCUAGCCUGGCUGUAGGCUGAGGGGCGGAUAAGCAGAAGCAGCAGCAGAAGCAGCGGUAGCGGCGGAGAAGGAGAAGAAGCGGGCAGUGGAGGGAUUUUUCUCGCCCGCUCCGACAUGGCCGGACAGCAGUUCCAGUAUGACGACAGCGGCAAUACGUUUUUCUAUUUUCUCACGUCCUUCGUUGGUUUAAUUGUCAUCCCGGCCACCUAUUACCUCUGGCCCCGGGAUCAGAAUGCAGAACAAUUGCGGUUGAAGAGCUUGCGAAGAGUUCAUGGGAGAUGUCUGUGGUACCGCCUCAGACUCAUGAAAUCACAGCAGAGCAUUGUCCCAACACUAAAAAAAGGAGCCCUGCUGUUUGGUUGGGCGGUUUUUCUCUUCCUGGCUUAUAAGGUGUCUAAAUUAGAUCGCGAGUACCAGGAGUAUAACCCCUUUGAGGUUCUAAAUCUAGAUCCGGGUGCGUCUGUGUCCGAAAUCAAGAAGCAGUACAGAGCGUUGUCCCUGAAAUACCACCCUGACAAAGGAGGAGAUGAGGUCAUGUUCAUGAAGAUCGCUAAAGCUUAUUCAGCUUUAACCAACGACGAAUCGAGGAAAAACUGGGAGACCUACGGCAACCCGGACGGCCCCAGAGUGACAAGUUUUGGAAUUGCUCUUCCUGCAUGGAUCGUCGAUCAGAAGAACUCUAUGCUGGUGCUGCUGGUCUACGGUUUAGCCUUUAUGGUCAUUCUUCCAGUAGUUGUGGGUACGUGGUGGUACCGCUCCAUCCGCUACAGCGGCGAUCAGAUCCUUAUCAACACAACCCAGCUCUUCAUGCACUUUAUGUACAAAACCCCCACCAUGAACAUGAAACGUCUCGUGAUGGUGCUGACAGCAGCCUUUGAAUUUGACCCACGUAGCAACAAAGAAGCCAUUAUUAGACCGACGGACAACAUCGAAGUUCCACAGCUGAUUCGGGAGCUGGGGAACAUCAACGUGAAGAAGAAAGAGCCUCCGUUUUGUUACCCAUACAGUCUGAAAGCUCGUGUGCUUGUCCUCACACACCUUGCCCGGAUGGAGGUGUCUGAGAAUAUCGAAGAAGAUCAACGUUUCGUGGUAAAAAAGUGCCCAGCUUUGCUUCAGGAGAUGAUCAACGUUGGUUGUCAGCUGACCAUGAUGGCUACCAGCAGAGGAGGUUUCCGUGCUCCCCGACUGUCCUCUAUCGAGAACUGUAUGAAGCUGUCUCAGAUGGUUGUGCAGGGGCUACAGGAGGCCAAGUCUCCUUUAUUGCAGCUGCCCCACUUCGAGGAAGAGCACCUCAGAUACUGCAUCUCCAAAAAGUAUAAGGUACGGAGCCUUCAGGACCUGGUGAGUCUGAAGGACUCUGACAGGAGGAGCAUGUUGAGGUUUCUGGGCGAAUCGAAAUAUGACGAGGUUAUAGCAGUCCUCGGAAGCUUCCCCCACAUCACCAUGGAAACCAAGCUUCAAGUGCUGGACGACGAAGACAGUAAUAACAUCACAGCCGGAUCCAUCGUCACGGUUACGGUCACCUUGAUACGGAAGAGGAUGUCUGAUGUUUUCGAGAAGGAGCAGGAGACUCCAGCACCCGUGGACGAGGCCAACACGGAGGAAGUACAAGGUGACGGCGCUAAGAACAAAUUGAAAGUCUGGCAGAAUAAGAGUAAAGGUGCUAAGAAAGCAGCCAAGUCCAAAAAGAAGAAGCUGACAAAGAAGAAGCCAGUCUCUCAGCAGCAGGUCAAAGGAGACAAGGCCAAACAAGCCAAUGGCAAUGUGGCAGGAAAUGAAUUGGUAGUAGCAGCCAAAGAGGAAGAUGAAGAUCUAUCCGACAAGGGCAGUGAAUCAGACGAAGCAGAGGCAAACAAGGACUCGCCCAGCGAGAGGGACGACGAGAGUGACAAACAGAGCGACACCGAGGCAGACGAGGGCGCUGGAGACGACGAGGAGGAGUGGGAAGCCCUGCAACAGAGCAUCCAGCGGCGAGAGCGAGCCUUGCUGGAGACCAAGUCCAAGAUCACGCAUCCUGUGUACAGUUUGUACUUCCCAGAGGAGAAGCAGGAAUGGUGGUGGCUCUACAUCGCUGACCGCAAGGAUCAGACGCUGGUGUCCAUGCCCUACCACGUCUGCACUCUGAACGACACGGAGGAGGUCGAGCUGAAGUUCCCUGCUCCAUCCAAAACAGGGAAUUAUCAGUAUUCAGUGAUUCUGAGGUCAGACUCGUUUAUGGGCCUGGAUCAGAUUAAGCCGUUAAAGUUGGAGGUGCAUGAAGCGAAGGCCAUGUUGGACAACCAUCCGCAGUGGGACAUCCCAGAGACUGAGGAAGAAGAGGAAGACCAGGAAGACAGCGACGGAAUCGAGGAGUCAGAAGAAGACGACGAAGACAAUGACUAAUCCAGCCAACCUUCUAUGAACUGACUCACACACCCAUGUGCCCUGUCAUGUUCUCACUCUCUCUCACACACACACACAACACAGCUCAAAAGCACCACCAUAAACAGUGUAAACUCAAACGUGACAUUUAAGAGGUAUAUGAUGGCCCUUCAUGUUUUUUUUCGCCCCCUUUUUGUUUUUUUUUUGCUUUUUUUUCAUGAUCUGUUCACCUUGAAAUCCAAAAUGGCUGCAGUCCACAAUAAGGCGUUUAAAAGAAAUAAACAGACCGCUUCCCUCAAAACACACAUCAUGAUCUUUUUUUUUUUUUUUUUUUGGUAUUGAUUAGCUAUUCGUUUUUUGAUAAUUUUCUUUUUUUCACGCCGGUCGAUAGUGUAACAGAUUAACUGAUCAGGACACGGGCAGUGAGAGAUGGACAGGCUAACAGGUUCAGAUGAUGUUAAGAGGUAACGCUCAAUGAAGGGAACCAGAGGCGUAAACAUUAAUCGUCUCACUUUCAUUCUAGUUCAAGGUCUUUUGGAAACUCUGCUUCAGCUUUGCCCGUGUCACUCCUCCUCAUCUCGUCAUGAUGAUUUCAGACAUUCCACAGCCAGGUUUUUAUUGCGCUCUAGCCUUGAUAACGGACCAGCUGUACGGUUUUUAGUGUGUCUUGUUCUCAGAAUACAGACCUCUGUGUAGUGAAUUCACAGGUUUUGUUAGAGCUGCUGUUUUCUUGACCAAAAUUUCUUUUUUCUUUUUUUUUUUCUUUAUUAACAGUGAGAUAUUUCCUCUAAGGCUAAAGAUCACUGCAGCUUGCAGCACACUAACUUCAUGGCACUGUGUCUCUUUAGGAUUUACGUUAAAGACGUAUCGAAUUUUAAGGCAGGGUCACCAGGAUCUCAAGACGUGCCCCCCCCCCCAACAAUAAGACUUAACAUUUCAAACCUUUUCAUAUUUUGAUCAAGUAUCACUUAUAUAAGAUAUGAUGCCUUAUUCUUAUUGGAAAGUAUAAAGAACAUCACUUUUAAAUACAUUAAAUAUACAUUUUGAGAGAUUUUGAUUGGAUCGUUAUUUAUUAUAUAUAUUUUUUGCAUUCAUUUCCACACACUUAAUUCAAAGUCCUGUUUGUUGUUUUUAUUUUAAGUGUGUAAUGGGUUUUAUAUCCAAUAACCGAAUCCAGUUAUCCCUUAUAUAUCUAUAUAUAUCUAUAUAUAAUAACCUUAUUUAAAUUAAUUUAAAAAGGCUACGUAUACAGCGGGUUGAAAUCAUUUCGGUGACUGUGGGUCUACCGGCGCUCGACAGCAGGCCAUGUUUUCUCCCUCUUUAGAGUUUUGCUAGAAUUUAGAUAAGAUAGUUUGUCUAUUUUUGUAUUGAUUCAUUUUUGCGAUCAUAUUUCAUCAGAGUGUUCGAACGAAAGGUUUUUUUAUUUUAUUUUAGGAAAGGGGUGGUGGUUAUUGACCAGGCGGAGGUGACCUACUGUCUUGUGGUUUCAAAUGGUCGAGUGUGUUGUCUAUUUUAUGUCAGAAGGAUGGGCAGUAAGAGAUGGUUUUAGCUUCGUUCUCUCUUUCUCGCUCUAUUACUAACAGCCUGGAUGCCCCCAGACUCCCAUAAGGCCCCUACUAUAAUAAUAAAAGGCGAUGGAUUUAGCCUUCCUGUGGACUUUGUUACUUUUAUUUCUAUCAAGUAUUUUUCAAUGGGGAUUUUUGUCUGAUGGUGUCUGGCUGCGCUUGAACGUGUAUCUGUGGCCCAUGAGAUCUGUUCAUUGAAUUGAAUUGUGGAUAUGUAUAAAAUAUAUCUUUUUAAUUAGUUCCCCCUCUUUAUAUUCUUCUAUUAUUGUUUUUUUUUUUAACCAAUAAUACAGGACAUUAUGGACCCUAGUGCACGUAUGUGUUUUAGAGGUUCAUAUGGAAGUUUGGUCAUUUUCAGUAGUCAAUCUUAGACCCUUAUUAUUAUUAUUAUUAUUUUUGUGUCUUUUAAAAGAAAGCAUUGUAUCUUAGUUUUCACGUUCACACACGUUUUAUCAAACCGUACACGGUUAGACAGUUUAGUGUUGCAGAUCGACACAAACGUAGUGUCCUCUAGAACGAUGUGUAUGAGAAGCUGUGACAUGGAAAAUAUGGUGAAAAUAAGACUUUGUGUACACACACACACACACACACACACACACAGGCUUGACAUGUAUAGCCCAGCGAAACAAGCCGGAAAAGAGGUGUAGAACCCAGAAAACCAGUAUGUCUGCCACUUUUGUUUACGAAUAAUACUCAUUGUAAAAAUGGAAAUAUAUAUUAUUUGUAUUUAAGUCAUUUCAAAUAAAAUAAUUUUUAAAAUUUA